UGAAGGAACGGAGUUCUUAUUGUAUUUUAUCAUACAGUUUAAUAAUCAACAUUUUCAAAUAAAUAUGUGAUGUGUGGACUGUCCAGGGUUCAAUAUUUCAAAACUCGUAACACGUUAUUAGUUAAUAACAAACGAUAGGUAAAUCCAUUGUAAAUCAAAUAAGAAUAAUAUUCUACAUUUAAAUAAGCAGUGUCAAUUAGUUAUAACUAUAGUGUGUUAUUCAAUCAGUCAAAAUGAUCUUGGGCUACCGAAAAUGUCAUAUAGCAGCGUUAUCAAGCCGUAUUAGGGUAUGCAGAUGUUUGAAAUUUAGUUCCCCGAACAUUCGACAUUAUGCAUCUAAGAAUUCUUAUAGUCAGAAGUUAGAUUUGAGACGUGCAUUACAAGUAGCUAACUCUCAAGUUAAUGGAUUUUCAGACAGGUCACAGUUGAAAUAUGCUCGUCGUCUUGUCAUUAAAAUGGGUAGUGCCGUAAUAACUAGAGAAGAUGAACAUGGAAUCGCUCUUGGUCGCUUAGCUUCUAUUGUUGAACAAGUAGCUGAAUGUCAUUUAGAAGGCCGUGAAUGUAUAAUGGUCACUAGUGGAGCAGUGGCUUUUGGAAAGCAAAAACUGACCCAAGAAGUACUUAUGUCAUUAAGUAUGCGAGAAACCCUUGCAGCCAAAGAUAAUACUAGGAAAGAUGUAACAACCCUUUUAGAAGCUAGAGCAGCAGCAGCUGUCGGUCAAUCGGGUUUAAUGUCUUUAUAUGAUGCCAUGUUCUCUCAGUAUGGCGUAAAAAUAGCACAAGUACUUGUAACGGAACUUGAUUUUUACAAUGAUCAGACUCGCAAUAAUCUCGUGAGUACUCUGUCUGAACUAAUCAGUUUGAACAUUGUUCCUAUUAUUAAUACAAAUGAUGCGGUGACACCGCCCCCUCAAGACAGUGAACAGAUGAAGUCAAAAGGGAAAAAGGUGAUCAGUAUCAAAGACAAUGACAGUUUAGCCGCAAUGGUAGCUGCUGAAAUUAGAGCUGACUUGUUAAUGCUAAUGUCAGAUGUAGAUGGUAUUUAUACACUGCCCCCUAAACAAGAAGGUGCAAAAAUGAUAUGGACUUAUAAUAGCGAUAUGGUGGAUAUAAUUCAAUUCGGUCAAAAAUCAACUGUGGGUACUGGGGGCAUGGAUUCAAAGGUGCGAUCAGCUACAUGGGCUUUGAAUAGAGGAGUUAGUGUAGUAAUUUGCAAUGGUAUGCAAGAAAAAGCUAUCAAGUCAAUUAUAUCUGGAAGGAAAAUUGGAACCUUCUUUACAAACGCUCCGACAAGCGAAACAGCAUCUGUUGAAGUAUUAGCUGAAAAUGCACGUCAUGGAAGCCGUGUGUUACAAAAACUACAACCAGAGGACAGAGCUAGAGCAAUUUACAGUUUAGCUGAAUUGCUAAUAAAUAAACAGGCUGUUAUUCUAGAUGCUAAUGAAAAGGAUAUAGCUAUUGCAGUAAAGGAAAAAACUUCUGCUCCACUUAUUAAUCGAUUGUCAUUAACAACAGAAAAACUAAAAAGUCUAUCGACUGGACUUAAGCAAAUUGCUGAAACUAGCCUUACCAAUGUAGGUAAAGUUUUGAAAAGAACAAAAAUUGCCGACGGUUUGGAAUUAACUCAAGUUACAGUUCCUAUUGGAGUCCUACUAGUCAUAUUUGAAUCUCGCCCUGAUUGUUUGCCACAGGUAGCUGCUCUUGCUCUUAGUUCAGCAAAUGGACUAUUAUUGAAAGGCGGUAAAGAAGCCUCACACAGUAAUAAAGCGCUUAUGAAUGUUGUUAAGGAAGCGUUAAGUACCGUCGGCGCUCAGGAUGCCAUCUCCUUGGUAUCUACUAGGGAAGAGAUUAGUGACCUACUCUCAAUGGAGAAUCACAUUGAUCUCAUUAUUCCCCGUGGAUCUUCUGAAUUGGUCCGUAGCAUUCAAGACCAAAGUGCACACAUUCCUGUCUUGGGACACGCUGAAGGGAUUUGUCAUGUCUAUGUGGACAAAGAUGCCAAUCUUGAAAAAGCUUUAACCAUAAUUCGUGAUUCGAAAUGUGAUUAUCCUGCUGCAUGUAAUGCCAUGGAAACUUUACUUAUUCACGAAGAUCUAUUUGAAGGAUCGUUUUUCAGCGAUGUUUGCGAUAUGCUUAAGAGAGAAGAGGUAAAAAUAUUUUCUGGUCCUGAGCUAUCAAAACGUCUGACUUUUGGCCCACCGAGAGCUAAAUCACUUAGACACGAAUACGGAGAAUUGUCAUGUACUAUAGAAUUAGUUUCCAAUUUGGAUUCUGCUAUCAAUCAUAUUCAUUCUUAUGGAAGUGGACAUACUGAUGUUAUUAUUACUGAGAAUAGUGAAAAUGCCGCAAAAUUUCAAAGAGAUGUUGACAGUGCCUGUGUGUUUCAUAACGCCAGUUCUAGAUUUGCUGAUGGUUAUAGGUUUGGACUAGGAGCUGAAGUUGGUAUUAGCACAUCAAGAAUUCACGCUCGAGGUCCUGUAGGUGUUGAAGGAUUGCUUACUACCAAAUGGAUAUUAAAAGGUGACGGUCAUGCAGCAGCUCAAUUUUCUGAAGGAGGCAAUCGAUCUUAUUUGCAUGAGCAUUUGCCAAUUAGUUAGAAAAAUUAUUAU